UACGCAGGGAGAACCGGACGUCAUCAUCUUUAUAAUUGGGGUGGAAUUCAAGAAAUGUAGACGGGCAUCGUCGCGUUGGACAGCAUCCACCAGAUUUCUCGCCCUAAAUCUCUCUGAUUUCCAUUCAAUCUGAAGGUCAAAUUCGAUCUUGACUGCGAUUCUCUUGAAAUCGGUCGUCUCUGAGGAGCAGGGAGGAAAAUGGUGCUGACUCAAAAGCUCCACGAGGCCUUCAAAGGCACUGUCGAGAGAAUCACCGCACCGCGGACCGUCUCCGCCUUCAAGGAGAAGGGGGUCCUCAGCGUUUCCGAGUUCGUUAUUGCAGGUGACAAUCUUGUUGCCAAGUGCCCCACCUGGUCCUGGGAAGCGGGGGAGCCGAGCAAGAGGAAGUCUUACUUACCAGCUGACAAGCAGUAUCUAAUCACAAGAAAUGUGCCUUGUUUUAGGAGGGCUGCUUCCGUGGAAGAAGAGUACGAGGCUGCCGGAGGGGAGGUUCUUAUUGAUAAUGAUGAUAAUGAUGGCUGGCUUGCCACUCAUGGGAAGCCGAAAGAGACGAACUCCGUUGAAGAGGACAACUUGCCUUCUAUGGAGGCCCUGGACAUUAGUAAGGGCAGGGGUAUUAACCCUAUCUCCUCUUAUUUAGGAGGCGAGGAAGAGGAAGAUAUUCCUGACUUGGCGGACUAUGAACACUCUGAAAAUCUGGUGGAGACGGACCCAGCCACUCUUCAGCCAUCAUAUUUCGUUACACAUGAACCUGAGGAUGACAAUAUUCUAAGAACGCGCACAUAUGAUGUCAGCAUUACGUACGAUAAAUAUUACCAAACCCCUCGUGUUUGGCUUACCGGAUAUGACGAGUCACGAGUACCUUUGAAACCGGAGCUCGUUCUUGAAGAUGUUAGCCAGGAUCAUGCACACAAAACGGUGACCAUUGAGGAUCAUCCACAUGUGGCGGGAAAGCACGCAUCCGUUCAUCCUUGUCGGCACGGAGCUGUGAUGAAAAAGAUUAUUGAUGUGCUAAUGUCACGUGGAGUUGAACCCGAAGUUGAUAAGUACCUUUUCCUAUUUCUGAAGUUCAUGGCCUCAGUAAUUCCAACCAUUGAGUACGAUUACACCAUGGACUUUGAUCUUGGGAGUACUAGCCAUUGAUUACAG